AUGCCUAUGAAGGCCUUCAUUAAGUCCAUGUUAGACAGGGCCUGUGCUAAACUCUAUGGUGAUGUGAUCCUGGACAUUCCUGUCCAUCCUGUGUCUGAGGGAGAUUCUCUGACUCUCCGCUGUUUAUUUCGCUCCACAAAUCCCUCAAACCUCACAGCUGAUUUCUAUAAAGAUGGAUCACUGCUCCAGACCCAGACGACAGGAGAGAUGAUCAUCCGUACUGUCUCAAAGUCAGAUGAAGGUCUCUACCACUGUAAACACCCAGAGAGAGGAGAGUCACCACAGAGCUGGCUCUCAGUCAGAGCUUCAGGUUCUGGUGUAACAGUAGCAGUAAUAGUCGGAGUGUCAGUGAAACUGAGUCUAAUCUUGCUCCUCAUCAUCAUACUGGGCCUGAUUUGCUGUUACAAGAAGAGCAAAGGUGAUUCUGCAGCUCAGCCCAGUGAUGACACUUACGCUGAGAUUAUGACUACAAACAGCUACAGAGGAAGCGAUGAAGCAGUGAGGAGACCAAAUGAUGUGGCUUAUUCCCAAAUUGAGAUGAAACAUUUCAACUACCACAGUGAAGGUCUGUGAAGAAAACUGCUGCUGCUGCUGUCGCAGGACAGAAAGUAAGCAUUUCCAGAAACUCCUGGUUGGGUUUUAAGGAGUGCAGACAGACGAGGAUCUGAACACAUUUAGACUGUCAGAAUCAUCUUUAAUAUCUGUAUAUCUUACAGUAACAAACGCUCUGUUAGUGUUUUAUACUGAGGAAGAGAGAAGAGUCACUUUUUCUCGUUGGUGUAUUAAUGUACUUUUCUAACUCUGACUCUGAGUUCAGGAAUAAUCAGAUAUUCUGAACUCGGCUUUGAUGAUAAUAUCUGGGUGUAUUAGCUAGUAAAAUGAGUUAGUUAGCUAGUAGAGUGUAAUCUGAAACUGUACCCUCAAUAUCUGUACCAUAUAUAUCUAUUAAUAUACCAUCUGUCUCUGCUCAGGAACUUUUAUUUGCUGUACAGUUUCCUCUCGUCUGUUUUUGCACUGCUUAUAGCUCAGUUAUUUUAUUUUAUUAGAUUGUUAUUUUGCAGGACGUGCUACACUGCAGUCUUCUUAAAUGGAGUUUAAUACUCUCUGUUAUGAGUAAUAAUACACUGUACACCUACAGACAGUAUUUAUCAUAGCAAUAUUAAACGUAAUAUUAAGACAUACUAGCACAAUGUCAGACAUAAUAAUGUAAGACAGUCACAC